UUCGUUACCGAUAUACUACUAAAUAUUCUACCACGCCGUAUCCACAAUGACUCUCAAAGUUGACGGUUUCGACUCCUCCGCGGCUUUCGACGUGAUCAACGCUACCCUCCAGAGCGACGAAGCCGAGCGCAAGAACGCCAUCAAGAGUGCCCAGACUAUCGUUGCUUUCAACCUGAAGAACGCCAGCGGCAAGGAAGAGAGCUGGUACCUCGACCUCAAGGAGAAAGGCGAGGUCGGCAAGGGUGCUGCUCCUGCCGGCAAGAAGGCUGAUGUCACCCUUAACCUUUCGGACGCUGACUUCGGUUCUCUCGUUUCCGGCAAGGCCAAUGCUCAGAGACUCUUCAUGGGAGGGAAGCUCAAGAUCAAGGGCAACAUCAUGAAGGCUACGAAGAUGGAGCCCGUUUUGAAGAAGGCCCAGGGCAAGGCUAAGCUAUAG